CCAACUUACUUUUGAGUAUUUUUAAUUUUAUUCCGCGGCCGAAAUAGCGUCGCACACCAAUAUAUUGGAAUAUAAGAUUUAGUGAAGGUGGAGGCAGAAAACAUUCAUAACCAUGAACUCUCACUGGCAGGAUGAGCAACGGAUCGUCAACACCGCCGUUCUUUUGCAGAACAACUGCUUGGACAACAGCGUGCAAGCAAAUCACAGAUCAAAUACUAACAGAAAUAGGAUCACGCCAUUUACAUCAGAACUAGACGUGCAGCAGAAUUGGGACGCUCCACGAAUAUCCACGACAGUCCCACAAUCAGUGCAGCCGAGGAAGGGAUCUCUUCAGUUGUGGCAGUUCUUAGUGACGUUAUUAGAUGAUCCUGGCAACCGGAGUUGCAUUGCAUGGACAGGCAGGGGGCUCGAGUUCAAGCUGAUAGAGCCAGAAGAGGUUGCUCGUCGGUGGGGUGUGCAGAAAAAUCGGCCGGCCAUGAACUACGACAAACUUAGCCGGUCACUCAGGUAUUACUACGAGAAAGGGAUCAUGCAGAAGGUGGCCGGAGAGCGCUAUGUGUACAAGUUUGUCUGCAGCCCGGACGCUCUUUUCACCAUGGCCUACCCAGGAGAGGGCAAAAAAGGUGGUCAUCAAUCGUCUGCCCAACAAUCGUCCGCCCUAUACGGCCAGCAGCGCCAAAUUCCUCGAUACACCACCCUGGAAAACUACCCCAGCGACCUGACCACGGCGCAAGCCAUUUCGUGCAACGAGCAGUACGAAAUAUUCAACCAGGUUUGCGGCAGCAACUUGGCCUUCCAGAACUUGGACUCGUAUCACAGCCUGCAGCAGUCGGCUGGCCAGAAACUGUCUUACUACGAUCUGGCGCCAUCCACUUACGAGGAAUCGAGACAAGACUCGAAGAGGAGAGCGCGUUUUUGCUGCAAGACAAGCACACCGGCCAUGAUGUUGAUUGGGGAAAGUGCGGACGGAGGCAAAGAGAUUGAAACCAAAGAGAGGAAUUUGAAAGUGUGCGUUGCUGACUAUUUGAGUUCCAAUUAUCCCAGCAGCUAGAAUGACCACCAAAAUUCACAGUGCAGAGAGCAAUACGAACUUUAUUCCCUUUAAGAUUCAAAUGUCUAAUUCACUUCGGUGUGGCAACUCUGCAAUAAUGACGGAGGCACUUUGGAACAACCGAAACUUAAGUCAUGUGAGAGUUGCUUUCGACGUAUUUAUUUAUAUCAAUUUGCGCAUCACAUUGAAUGUUGACAAAAAAAAUUGGAAAUUGUUACAUUGUUGAGUUCAGUUGCAAAAGCUUGGCUCAUUAAUAAAUAAACAUAACUGUGGUAUUCAAUUAUUCGUGUAAGUAAAAAUAAAGAACUUGGUGGUGUGAUAAUUUUUGGUUUUAUCACUUUAGUAAAGUGGUUGUUAAGUGCGAAUCAAAUUAAGCUGUUAAAUUAGGAAAGAAAAUUGUUGAGAUAAAAUUUGCCUCCUUACAUGGGUCUUCCUCUGCCCCUGCCCAUUCCUCCUCCCAUCGGAGGACCACCUUCGCCGGCCUUGGGGUUCUUAAUCGUUUCGUCGACGGAGAGGAUAAGGCAUGCAGCUUCACAAGCAGCAGUGAGGGCGUUGAU